UCCAUUGUUUUAUGUUUACUUCAAGUUUCUUAGCAACAAAGAACAACACAGUUUGUUGGGUACCAAACGCUGUGGACUGGAGGCUGUUUUCAAAGAAUUCCUUCCUGGAUUUUGAAGACCUUCAGCUGCUUCUAAGACAUGUCCAUAACACAGAGUCUGGACUUCCGGGGGACGACAGGAGAGAGGAUUCAUGGUCAAACUCAUCAUGCGUCAGUCAACACUGAGUUUACUAAGAGACUGACGACAAGCAGCGCACGCUUCGGUGCCUUGAGUCAUCACUCUUUCUUCUCCAGACACAACCCUCAUCCACACAGGGUGAGGCACAUUCAAGGACUCAAUGGUCGUCCCGUUUGCAUGGUGCGAGAUGACUGGUACGUCAGCUCAUCGUUAUUUCCCCAUCCACUCCUUAAGAGUCAGGUCUUCAGAAAAGCAGCUGAUCAAUCUGUGGUUUCCCCGCUGGCGAAGAAUCUUUAUGGAAUCAGUAGUAAUAAAAACAAAUCAGCACUUUUUUCAGAAGCAUGGAAAGAUGAACUUAAAGACUUCGCAGCAAAAGUUACUUUGUGCUCUCAGGCACAAAAGGAGAAAAAAGAGGACCAACCAGAGGAAGAAGUAAUCCGUCGAACGACCCAAUAUUCAGCUGAAACAGGGAGAAUCAUCCCACCAUCUUCCAAGGCUUACCAGCGUCGAUCUUAUUCCCAGCGCCAGAUGUAUCCUCAGCCCCUCCAUGAUCAAGAGCUCAUGGUGUUUGAGCUGCUUUGUCAGAUCUUGCAGACAGAUUCUCUGUCCACAGUCCAACAGUGGCUCCUGCUCGCUGGCCAAAGAGAGAAAGACCUGGUGAUGGGGAUGCUCAAACGGGCUCUGGAUGGGGUCGACCUCUCAGGUCAUCAGCAGCAGCUUUACGGGCCAUCAUUUGAGUCAUGGAGACCACCACAGAGAACCAGCCCACACAAAGUGAAUCAAGCUUUCAACAUUGACAAACCAGAGAGGAUUGGAGACGCUGAGGUCCUCGAAGUCCACACCGAGGCUUUCAAUCAUCCUCAAGAGGAACCACUUGGGCACAAAGAUAGUGUGUAGAGUUCCUUUAAUUUCAUCAUGGAGAGACAUUGUGGUUUCCCAUAAGUGCCCUUCUUUGUUGGCCCCAUGAUAGAUAUAUAUGAUAUCAAAGGGUUUCUUUUUUUGGCGUUUUGGGUCAUAGAUGUUUCCCAGAACAGGUCAGUUAAUAAUAACUAGAGACACAGUGCUUAAGAUUUCAUUCGCUUUUCAAUGAUACAGUACACAGAUGUGACAAUUUUACAAAGUACCUUUGGAUGGUGCUUUGAUGUUGUUGCCUUUUUGAAGGAAGCAGAAUGAUAAGUUUAAAAAAACAUAACUUUUUGUAUACAACAUUUUAGGACUUAGUGAGAAACUUGUUUUCAAAUGUUAAUUUUUUCAUCAUUAUACCUGAUGAUGCCAGCAGCUCAAAUUGAGAAAACAAUAUUCCACCAUUGAUACAAAAUAUAAUUAUUUAGUAAAGAUAUAAUAUUUCCUUGAUAAUGUAAAAUAAGGUGUUUUUUUAGGAACCAUCACAAGUUUGACAUUGUGUUUUUUAUGGUGAGUGGUCGGUUUUGCCUGAGAUGUCACUUCUUUUGAUUGUAAGCUAAGAAACAAAAUGAUAAGGUAUUCAUAUUAGGGUACAAAUCUAAACUUUUCCAGUACUUCAGUUUGUGAUCAAUGAAAUAAUUUUAAAAAUGGCAUCAUAAUCAUCAUUAUCAUAAGGCAAUGUGACAUUACAAGGAUUUAUUUAAUGGGGGGGUCUAACUCAGUUAGGUUUGUGUUUGAUUCCCAAUCAACUGUCCAAUCAAGUCAUCCCCAUAUUUAAUGUCUUAUCCUGUCCAAUAAAGGCUAAAGGCCAAAAGAAAAAUGUUUCUUUUAACUUUGAAGAAACAA